UCUCUCUCUCUCUCUCUCUCUCUCUCUCUCUCAUCAAGAAUCUCCAGUUCUGUGAUGCUGUGAAGGAACAAAUCAUGGCUUGGUUUGCUAGGAUGGAAUCCAUGUUGGUUCAACUUGUUGUUAGUUGUUUGGUGUUUUCUAGCUGUUUGAGAUAUGGGAAUGCAGGAAUCACUAGUAAUUUUGUUCGGUCGGAGUAUCCAUCGGUUGAUAUUCCACUUGAUCACAAAGUGCUUGCUGUUCCAAAGGGUCACAAUGCUCCACAACAAGUGCAUAUUACCCAAGGUGACUAUGAUGGAAAGGCUGUGAUCAUCUCAUGGGUCACGGCUGAUGAGCCAGGGACAAGUAAAGUGCAAUAUGGCACAUCAGAGAAGAAGUACGAGUUUUCUGCAGAGGGGACUAUAACAAACUACAGUUUUUAUGAAUACAAGUCUGGAUAUAUCCAUCACUGUCAUGUUGAUGGCCUAGAGCAUGACACAAAGUAUUACUACAAAAUUGGGAGUGGCGAUUCUUCUCGAGAGUUUUGGUUUACAACACCUCCACAGAUUGGUCCAGAUGCUUCUUACAAAUUUGGAAUUAUAGGUGAUUUGGGUCAGACAUUUAACUCCCUGUCAACUCUUGAGCAUUACAUGCAGAGUGGAGGGCAGACUGUCUUAUUUCUUGGGGAUCUUUCUUAUGCUGAUAGGUAUCAAUAUAAUGAUAUUGGUGUAAGGUGGGAUACAUGGGGGCGAUUUGUUGAGCAGAGUACUGCAUAUCAACCAUGGAUUUGGUCUGCUGGCAAUCAUGAAAUUGAUUACAUGCCUUAUCUGGGUGAAGUUACUCCAUUCAAAAACUAUCUUCAGCGGUAUACUACUCCUUAUUACGCCUCCAAAAGUAGCAAUCCUCUUUGGUACGCCAUCAGACGUGCCUCAGCUCAUAUAAUAGUGCUGUCCAGUUAUUCUCCAUUCGUGAAAUACACACCUCAAUGGGUGUGGCUGCAAGAUGAACUGAAAAGAGUGGACAGGGAAAAGACACCUUGGCUGAUAGUCCUUAUGCAUGUCCCAAUCUACAAUAGUAAUAACGCACAUUACAUGGAAGGAGAGAGCAUGCGAGCAGUAUUUGAGAGUUGGUUCCUUCAUUACAAAGUUGAUGUAGUGUUUGCUGGCCAUGUCCAUGCAUACGAAAGAUCUUAUAGAAUCUCAAAUGUACACUACAACGUAUCAAGUGGUGACCAAUAUCCCAUACCAGACAAAUCUGCUCCUGUCUACAUAACUGUGGGAGAUGGAGGAAACCAAGAAGGUCUUGCUGGAAGGUUUAGAGAUCCACAACCAGAAUAUUCUGCAUUCCGAGAAGCAAGUUUUGGGCAUUCAACACUGGAGAUUCACAACAGGACACAUGCAAUGUACCACUGGAACCGCAAUGAUGACGGGAAGAAAAUUGCAACUGAUGCAUUUGUAUUGCAUAACCAGUACUGGGGUACAAAUCACAGAAGGCGAAAACUGAAAAAGCAAUAUGCUAGGAAAUAUAUUGAUCGUGCAGCUUAUUGAAAUCUCAGCACGGAAAAUCUUACACCACCGGUGCAAUGGCAUGAUAUUAUUUUAGUCGGAUGAAGAGAGAAGCUGGGAAAAUAAUUUCAGUGAGGGAAGGCAGAAAAGCUGAGGUUUUAGCACUGAAGUUUCAAAUUCUCUUCGUGUCUGGUCUUAGUUAUCUUUUCCAUGUAUUGAAUAAGUAUCAUGAUCGUAAAUUCCUAUUGAUUAGGUGUUCUGUGAACAUGGAUUUGCUUUCAAAAUAACACAUUCCCUUC